AUGGCUGCCGGGCGAGGGGGCCGCCGGCGGCAGCAGCAGCAGCAGCAGGCUCGGCGGCAGCGGGGGAGUCUCGAGAGGCAGGCGGCGGAGGAGGAGCAGCAGCGGCGGCGGCCCCUGAGGCAGGGGCGGCGGGACGAGCAGCAGCUGGAGCGGCGCCGCGGGGAAGGCUGGGCCUGGAGCAGCGGCGGCAGGUGGAGCUGCUGA